AAUUAUCUUUAAACAACAUAAAUGGAAGGAAGGCCCAAGCUUAGUUUCAAGCCAAAAGCCCAUAAAUUUGGCAAUAAGAUGAUAUUCAAGAAGAAAACAGUAGAAAACUCAAGGAAACAAUAUAGAAUGAACUCCUUAAAUAAGCCUCCUAAAGAAAUCAGUCAGAAAUUCAGUUACGGAAUUGAGGGAAUAAAUUACUCUAAAUAAAAAGGAAUAUGACCAGUAUGAAUUCGAUCUAGAGGAGAGCAAGGAGAAAGUAGAUCCUUAUAAACCCUCUCGCAGAAAUAUCUUCAAGAAGGAGAAAUUUGAUAUUCACAACUUAGAAGAUACUUAUGAAAAAUACUCCUCACAGCAUGACCAAUACACAGAUAGAGAGGACCAACAGGUGGAUGCUCUUCAUCAAAGAGUGCAAGAACUUGAAGAAGCUCUAGGAACUCGCGAUCUUGAAAUAAAAAGAAUUAAAAUGCAAAAUCAAAGAUUGCUGAAAGAGAGAGAUUUGAUGCAAAACAAACUUAAAAAGCUUAUAAGAGAGGACAAGAAAAAGGAGCUUGACAGAAGAGCCCAGAUGGAAAGAGAAGAGGAUGAGGAUGAUGAUGAUGAAGAACACAACGGAAAUUCAGAAGCCCUUCAAAGAAACAUCCUUGACAUGCUGAUGAGAGCUCAGAUGCAAGACCAUGUGAUGCAAUCAAAUAUGGAACAACAGAGAGAACAAGAGAUGAUCGAGAAGGCUAUCCAGGAGAGUUUGAAGGAAAACCCUAACCCAGACGUAAUGAACUAUGAACAAUUGCAAGAACUUGAAGAAAGAAUAGGAAGUGUCUCUAAAGGAUUUUCAGAUGCAGAAAUCUCAUUGAUUCCAAAAAUGGUAUGUAAUUCAACAAAAGAGGACUGUUCUGUAUGCUUAGACAAGAUCAAGAUUGGAGAAGAAAUCAAGAGACUCAGUUGUGGCCAUGAGUUCCAUAGUGACUGUAUCAAUGAAUGCUUCAAGAAUACCAAAAAGUGCCCAUACUGUAUGGACGAGCAUCAGUUGGACGGAUAGUUGAAUAAACAUUCAU